AUGGGCAGUGCCAUGUUCAGCCAGAACCCUUUGAUGAACGGGCCCAACUACUCGUUCUCUGAUGCUCCCAAGACUAACCAUGGAGAGUUUCGAGAACACCGAUUUAACCCCUACACCGACAAUGGUGGCUCAACUCUUGCCAUCGCCGGCGCCGACUUCACUAUUAUGGCCGGUGACACCCGCCACACCAGCGGAUACAGCAUCAACUCUCGCAUGUCCCCCAAGGUUUUCCGAAUCGGAGGAACCACUGCCUCCCAGGAGGAUGCCACACUAGUUCUAUCCGUCGUUGGCUUCGCUGCCGAUGGCGAGGCCCUCCGCGAUCACCUCGACACCAUCUGCAAGAUCUACCGUUACCGCCACGGCAAGCCUAUGUCCGUCAACGCCUGCGCCAAGCGUCUCUCCACAGUCCUCUACGGGAAGCGAUUCUUCCCUUACUACUCGCAUGCGAUGCUCGGCGGUCUGGAUGAGGAGGGCAAGGGUGCCGUGUACUCUUACGACCCCGUGGGAAGUUACGAGCGGGAGCAGUGCCGAGCAGGUGGUGCUGCGGGCAGUUUGAUCAUGCCCUUCCUCGAUAACCAGGUCAACUUCAAGAACCAGUACAUUCCCGGAAGUGGGGAGGGCCACGAGCUCAAGGAGCGUGAGCGACGUCCUUUGACACGAACUGAGGUCGAGACCGUCGUCAAGGAUGCCUUCGAUGGUGCGGUUGAGCGUCACAUUGAGGUUGGUGAUAACCUUCAAAUGCUCAUCAUUACUGCGGAUGGUAUUGAAGAAUCAUUCUUGUCCCUGAAGAAGGAUUAA